AUGUCUUUCCAGAACUUCGAUUCGUUCCAGAACCAGCACCCAGCGGCUGACGCAGCCGCUGCUGCUCCUGGUGCUCCAGCUACCGCUGACACUACCAUGACCGGACAGGCAGACCCUUCAACUGCCCCAUUCCAAGGUCCCGCUCCGGGCGAGGGUGCCCCUGCUGUUCCUCAGCAGGGCAACGAGGGCAAGACCACUCUCUGGAUGGGCGAGCUUGAGCCUUGGAUCGACGAGAACUUCGUCCGUAAUCUCUGGUUUCAGAUGGGUGAGCAGGUCAACGUGAAAAUGAUUCGCGACAAGUUCUCUGGGAGCAAUGCCGGUUACUGUUUCGUUGACUUCGCCACUCCCGCCGCUGCGGGCAAGGCUCUCUCCCUGAACGGCACCCCGAUGCCGAACACCAACCGUCUGUUCAAGCUCAACUGGGCUACUGGUGGCGGCCUUGCUGAUCGUAGUCGCGAUGACCGUGGCCCCGAGUACUCUAUCUUCGUUGGUGACUUGGGCCCCGAGGUCAACGAAUACGUCCUUGUUUCCCUCUUCCAGAGUCGCUUCCCGUCCUGCAAGUCCGCGAAGAUUAUGACAGACCCCAUCAGCGGCAUGUCUCGUGGCUAUGGAUUUGUUCGCUUCUCUGACGAGAACGACCAACAGCGUGCGCUUAGCGAGAUGCAAGGAGUUUACUGCGGUAACCGCCCAAUGCGCAUCUCCACAGCCACCCCUAAGAACAAGGGUCCCGGCGUCGUUCCUGGCGGCAUGGGCAUGCCUGGCCCCGCUGGCAUGUACCCGCCUAUGGGUGCUCCGCCAAUGGGAUUCUAUGGCGCUCCCCAACCCAUGAACCAGUUCACUGAUCCCAACAACACGACUGUCUUCGUCGGUGGCCUCUCUGGAUAUGUCACCGAAGAUGAGCUUCGUUCGUUCUUCCAAGGAUUCGGAGAGAUCACUUACGUCAAGAUUCCUCCCGGAAAGGGAUGUGGUUUCGUCCAAUUCGUUCAGCGUCAUGCUGCGGAGAUGGCCAUCAACCAGAUGCAGGGUUAUCCCAUCGGAAACUCACGUGUGCGUUUGAGCUGGGGUCGCUCGCAGAACAACUCCGGUCCUGCUGGCAGCCCUUACCGGCCCGCUCCCCCUCCCCCUCCCAUGUAUCUCCCCCCUCAACAUCAAUACGGCGGUUUCGCACCCAUGAAGGUCAGUCUUUCUUGA